UCCCUAGGCUUUGACCACCAUGACAACUCCUUUGAAGAGACGCAGGCUACAGCGCGUUUCUUCAACGGGUUCGUUCACUUUAUCGGACCCCAGCGAUGAAGAGAUCGUCACUGCGAAGAAGGUGCGGCAGGCCCCACCUAGCCCGCGUGCGACACCCGUAAAGCCCGUAACCCUCUCUUCGCCAGGUGCCAAGAAGCAGUCCAAUCGUUCCUCGACUUUGCCACCUACAUUAUCUCAUCUUCUACAGCUGCAUACCGCGCUGGAAUCCCUGCUGGCUUUAAAGCUUGGUAGUUCUGCUCUGGCUCCGUCGGCUCACCCAACGCGCAUUGACACCCUCACAAUCAUCAACAUCUGUACAAGCGCCGAACUGGAGCGUGCUGCUGGGAGACGCUGUGCGCCAGCAGAGAUUGCACGUCUUUGUUGGAUCUAUGAAGCGGGCGUCGCACCGGUAGCGGUUGAGACGCGACCCGAGACACCGGUAAACUCAAAAGAGCAAAACGACAACCCAUUUGUUACGCCCACCAAAUCUCGUAGGUCUGAGCUCGAAUGGAUGCGAGGAGGUACUGGUAUUACCCUCAGCCCGAUGCGCGUGCUGGAGAAGGAUUUUGGGAAGCGUAGAACGGUCUACGCGUUCGGCAUCGAGGUCGACGCGAGUGCGAGUGGUGGGAAGACCGGGUUGGAUGUUGCCAGUCGCUGGCUUUCUGAGAAACCGCCCAGAGUACGGUUGAUUGAGAAGAGGAUUAGGGAUUGGUGGAAGAAGAACACUGUCAACCCUUUGCCACCAUUCCCGUCUUCUACGUUACCACCAUUGAUACAACCAGCCAACCUUCCCACCCCUUCCUCCACAAGGACUCGCUCUUUGGCUUCGACUCCUGUGAAGAAGGGAGCACUCUCUUCCAAUACACCCACUCCUACCCGUGUGCACAAAGCUUUAAUGUCGGAUAACCCCUUCAUGACUCCACCGGAAACACCAACUAAAAUCCGAGGACUGCCUUCGUCAUUGCCUGUGACGCCAGCCAAGUCCGAUGGAAGGAUUACCCCGACAAGCGGCUCGAGCGUAAAGGACCGCAAAAAUGCUCUAUUUGAACGCUUGGCUGCUAAGGCCGGAACGCCGCGGGGAACUAUCCUCUUCCGUGACGAGCAGACCGAAGAAGAGCGCGCAUUUACGCCUGACGAACUGAAACGUCGUAGUGCGCUCAGCCGGCUGGGCGGAGUGGCGGAAGGGAUAUACAUGAUGUUUUCAUCUACCGGAGGCGAUUUGGCUACGCCGGCCACUCGGCGUCGUCGUGCUGUUCCAAUGGACGAAGCGAUCCAGAUUCUCGUGAAGAGCUCGAAGGUGGCAAUAUCCGAGGCUGAAGCUCAGUUGUCGAUCAAAAUGCUCACCGAACUGUGUCCAUUUUUUGUGCGAAUCCUUGUGAUCGACCGGGCCGAAUGGCUCGAAGCACCGAGCUCGUCUUCCCUCGCAACACCACCGAGCCCCGGAUCGGUCGCUGUAGCCGAGAUGAGCAAACGGUCGCCUGGUGGAAGUCCUAGACGGGUUGGUCGAAACGAAGAUGGAGGUCUGCGAAGGGUUCGGGAACGGAUCCGACGAGAGCUCGAUGGGCCGUCGUUGUGAGUAGCGUGGGGCAGAGGACCCACAAUGCUUAGGUGAGAGCGGCGAGUGUCCAAGAGCGGGAUGAACCCCGCCGUUCCGCUCGGCAUUGAUAGGACAUAUGACCUUGGAUGACAAAGGACAUUGAGAAGGGCAGCGCAUUAACAAUACUUUGUAUAUAUUAGGUAGCAUAUCCCCGUAAACUGUAC